AUGAAGAAAAUAGCCCAAAGAUAUUUUUUCCCCAUUGUGUACGGCCUACUAUUAUUAUAUGAGAAGGCAGCAAACAGCUCAUACGUAGACAUAACUGUACUGAGCGAUAAUUUUUUUGAUGAUAUGCUAAAAACGGAGCUGUCCUACAUGAGCAACCACUUAACAUUUAAUGACAAUAAUAAGUCCAACAAGAGAAGAAAAAGAAACGAUGGAGCGGUGGAUGACCUCGUUUUGCUAACAAGUAUGUUAUCUCAAAUUAUACCAUCCAAUUUUUCUAUUUACUCAUUGGACAUUCCAAACGAAAUGGCAAAUAGCGCAAGUAGCGCAGGUAGCGUAGGUAGCGUAAGUAGCGCAAGUAGCGUAAGCAAUGAUGUUAAUAACUUCCUAGAUUUAAUAAACUUAUACGACUCCGAAAUCAACAACACAGUUACGCACCAUCUGAAUCAAACACAACCCGUAAAAGGCUGUGAGGAUGACAUAAAAAAUAACAACUGUGAUAGGGAUGUGUUAACAUGUAUUACUUUAAAAAAGGAUAAAUUAUCUGAUAGUUGUAAGAAGUCCCUAAGUAACUCCCUAGUGUACUCCUGUAUCGACGAUGUUAUACGCUACUGUGGGGACUACUCGAAAUUUUCAAAGGUACACAAGUGUCUAAAAAAAAAUUUUUACCAAUUGAGUAAUAAGUGCCUAAACAUUUUAAGCUACUAUGAAAAUAUAAUUGACAAAUUGCACAAAAUUAAGAAUAAGCCCUACAACAACCAGGAGCAUUUGUUUUUAGAAAGUGAAAAGGGAGGAGUAACAGUCGGCAACUCGAGCGACGCCAAUGAUAAUGAUAAUAAAACCCUAGACGGAACAUACAACGGGACCAUUAAUGACAGUCGAAAUGGGAAUGACACGAAAUAUAACCUUUUAAAUGAUAAUGACGGUAAUAAUAAAUCUACCAUGGCAGAUAAUUUAAGAAAAGGAUAUGGUCAUUAUAUUUUGCCCUCCAUGGAUUACAAUUAUCUGAUCGAUUUUAAAUCAAGAGGUUUUGAAUAUAAAUCCAUUUUGUACUUUGUUGUUUGCCUGCUCAUUUCUCUCCUACUGUACAUAUUAAUAAUUUGUAUCAAGAAAUAUUAUGUUGCGGAUUCGAACACGUUUUUUGUAAAAGCUGAGAAGAAGACUAAGCUGGCACAGUUGUGA